UUGACUCAGCUUCGCGAGAACGCGCAAACUGACAGCACGAGCACAGAUAACGCUGUCCGGCCGGAAGUUAGCACAGAACACGCAGUUCCAGCAAAGUCAAGGGACUUUGGUUCUAGUUUACUAUUCAUUGCAAGCAAUUUCAUGUAUGAAAUAAUCAGCAGCCGCUGCAGCCCUCAGUAAAUCCCAGCAGAUGAGAUAAGAGACAUUCACUGAGAGCGAAUGAGUGAGCAAGGGAGGGAAAGAGAGACAGCUUUUUAGGGAAACAUCCCCUCGCACUCCCUCCUCUGCAUGUGAGAAGCUGUACUGGACAGAACCACCAUCAUGCCUGGUCUGAUGAACAAGAGCAAAUGGAGCGCUCUGCCUCUCAGCGUCUCAGACAUCACUUCCUGUGUCAGGGGUUACACCCUGGCAAUGACAGCCUCCUUGACCUAUGAAAACAUCGAAGAUCACCCUAUCGAGGGAAUCUUUAUAUACCCUCUGGAUGAGUGCAGCGUGGUGGUCGGUUUCGAAGCGAUGAUUGGCAGCCAGAUAAUAACCGUGCAGGUCAAAGAUAAAAUGAAAAUCGAUGACUGUUACUUUGAUUGCUGCAAUGCCAAUGGAACCCCGCAGAGUGGAGGUGGACAUAUCGUUUUGGAUGAGGAUCAGGAGAGGACAGUGCUGGUAGUCAGUCUGGGGGUCAUUCCCCCUCUGGAGACCAUUAAUAUACUGGUCAGCACCUCCUCAGAGCUCAGAACACUCCCUAAUGGGGGAAUUCGGGUGAGCUCACCACCCGUCUGCUCUCCUAGAGUCCAACGUUCUGUCAAAGAGGAGCAGGCGUUUUCGCCCAGCACUGCUAGGAGGAGGGAUCAGCAUCACUGUGCAGUGGGAACCCACGAGCAGACGGCCUCAGGAGUGUGUUUGGCUGCUCUAUUGGAGGAAGAGACCAUCAACUCCAUUGACUAUGAGUUUAAUUUCCAUCUUGAGAUCAGAGGGCCGUAUUUACUGGCAGGUGUGGAAAGCCCCUCACAUGCCAUCCGGGCGGACGCUGACCCCUCGGCUCGCUCUGCCACCAGCAUUGUGGUCACACUGGCAGACAAGUACACCUACGACUGCCCUGUGGAGAUACUGAUCUACCCCAGUGAGCCCCAUCUGCCACACGUUCUCAUCGAAGAUGGAGACAUGACGCCGGAGGAAUACGAUGAGCAUCUGAAAGGACGGAGCGACUACAUAAAGGCCUCCAAGAAGGACUGCAGUAAUGAAAAGACCGUGGACAUCAUUCGGAAGAGGCUCCACAAAGACAUCCUACACAACCCUGUGGUAAUGUUGAACUUCUGCCCAGACCUCCGUUCGACGACCUCUGACCUGCGGAGCAUUCAGGGGGAAUUCAUCUUCCUCAUUGACCGCAGUGGAAGCAUGAGUGGGGUCAACAUCAAUCGAGUUAAGGACGCAAUGGUUGUGAUUCUGAAAAGUCUUUUCCCAGCAUGCUUAUUCAACAUAGUGGGCUUCGGAUCCAAGUUCAAAACGCUGUUUGCCACCAGUCAGAGCUACGAUGAGGAGAGCUUGGCUUUGGCUUGUGAGCAUGUGAAGAAGAUCCGGGCUGACAUGGGCGGCACAAACAUACUGGCUCCUCUCAACUGGAUCCUACGGCAGCCCAUGCAGAGAGGUCAUCCUCGCCUGCUCUUCCUCCUGACUGAUGGAGCUGUCAGUAACACGGGGAAAGUUAUUGAGUUGCUCCGCAGCCACGCCAGGUUCACCAGGUGUUACACAUUCGGGAUAGGCCAGGGUGCGUGCAGGAGGCUGGUUUUAGGACUGGCCGCUGUUUCCAGAGGCACAGCUGAUUUCCUGGCCGAAGGAGAACGACUGCAGCCGAAGAUGAUUAAGUCGCUGAAGAAGUCCAUGACAUCAGUCCUGACUGACAUCUCCAUUGAGUGGCUGUAUCCAGAGACAAAGGAGAUCCUGCUCUCUCCGGUCGGAGCGACCUGUCUGUUCCCUGGUGACCGGCUGAUUGGAUACAGCGUGAUCUGUGACACCUCCAGAUAUCACUCCAACCCCAAAUCAGACAAACGGAGGCGGUACAGCAUGAUGCGCUCCAACGAGUCGGCCAGUUCAGUGUUCUAUCACUCUCAAGAGGAGGAUGCUGGGAAGGUUUCCUCUGACGGUCAGGGGCCGCACAGGGACAAUCAAGUCGGCUCGCUAUUUGACGGUUGCCAGGAGACCAUGUCUGUGAGCAGUCCUAUCACCACGGAGCAAGACAUUAUGGGAACUGACAUAGCCACCUCUCCGCGAAGACGUGCUUACAGCACCAAUCAGAUUGUAGAUUACAACCCGAUGAAGAAGGCCUACACCCCCAGUGACCCCAGCUCGGUGGUGGGCAAAAACCCUCUUAGAAGAGCAAAAGUCCAGGAACUCAUAGGACAGACACAUCCUGACCACGGAGCUCAGUGGAAAAUGGACUACCAGCCACAGUUGGCCAGCCUGUGUGCCACAUCCUCAAGAGGACGUCCCAUAACUGCUCACAAACCUCCAGUGCAGCAACCAGAGGGUCUCCAGGGGGAGUCUAAGGUGGAGCAGACCCAUUCCGGCCCAGUCGUGGAAGACGGCUCCAGGUCCUCAACUGACAGCCCUUCGUUAGGCAGCACCGGCGAUGCAGAUGGCUACACGCAUCAGCUUUGCGAAGUCGAAACGCCCCAGGAUCCUCAUGCGCCAGAAUUCAAGGCCAGUCAUGGAAAGGGAGAUUGCAAAGCGGUCAUAUCAGGGCUGCUGUGCGGGAAGCCCAUGAGAUGGGAGGUGGCCUUUGACAUCCAGCCUUUCCUGAAAGGCCGAGAGCGGGAGGAGAAAGUUCACGAGGACCUGUGGAACGAAACCUUCCAUCACCUGGCAGGACUCUCCAUUAUUCAAGACUUUGAACACAUGGUGGAUAAAGAGUGUGAGAUUGAGCAUGGUUCUGGGAGACGGUACCAGCUUUACGCCAUCCACACGAGCAAAGCCUGCAACAUCUUGAGCAAAUACACAGCGUUUGUGCCUAUCGAUCUGGACAGCAAUGAAUAUUUACCCACCUGCAUUGAGUACAGCCAUCCCGGGGAGGAUCAUAAACGAAGUUCGCACUGCAGUUCUCGUUCCGGCAGCAGGAAGAACCGUGGUUACUCUGUGGGUCUGGGUCGCUCGCAAUCAGGAGGUUUGACUGGGCAAGAUGAUGCAGCACUAUGCUACAACGUAGACAAUUCAUCCCAAUCCCCCUGCAAAACACCCUCAUCCUCCAGCUGGGAACGAUGUAGCUCUUCUGAAGCCUCUCAAAGGAGUCCGUCGGUGACCUCCGACCACUCGCAGAGAUCAGUCGAGAGCCUUUUCUCUGCCAGCAAGCUGAGCCUGAGCAGGACACGUCUCCUGACGAAAGCCGCCAGGGGCUUCAUGAGCCGGUCGCAGAGCAAAAUCAGCAACUCGGUGGCAGAGAACGAAAAUGACAACAAGGACUACAUCCCUCUGGUGUUAUUGCAGCUGUCCUGUGGGGCAUUCAUGUUGGACCGUGCCUUGUGUGACGCCAUCAACGUGCCCAUGGACAAGCUGAAGUGGACGUCGCCCUUCACCAGCCACAGAAUUAGCCUUACUCAUGUGUCCCACUCUGGCUCCCGGCGCUCCGAGAGUCUGGAGGUCCACCACGGCUCCUCGCCUCCUCCAAAAGACUCAGACUUGAACUCUGAAUAUGAGGAGUUGAUGUCCCGCACAUCUUCAUCCUCAUUCCAGGCCCGAAGCCCUCGGAUGGAGGGCGAGCCCUCACUGUUGAGCGGCUUCUCAUCGAUGUCGACCGAAGCCCCGCCAUCACCUAUCAACUCUUUGUACGACAGUGGACGGGGAUCUGAAUCUGAAAUCGCGGAGACGCCCCUGCCGGGUUCGCCUGGGAUCCUGCAAAGGGCCGUGCAAGACCCCGAGGGGAUGGUGUGGGCGACCGCAGUUGCUCUGGCCUGGCUGGAACACAGUUCGGCCAGUUAUUUCAUCGAGUGGGAGCUGAUCGCCGCCAAGGCUAGCAUGUGGCUAGAUGAACAGAUCGUCCCAGAGGGCCGAGACCUGGCGUCGGUCAAAGCUGCGGCCAAUCAGCUCUUCAUCAUCCUCAGACACUGGGACGAGAACCUGCAGCUCAACAUGCUCUGCUACAACCCCAACAGUGUGUGAGGCCUGAUAGGGUAGGGACGAAAAUUCAAACUAUGCGAAACGAGGGUUUUACUUGCCUUGAGUUGUUUUAAUGUUUAUUCUGUGGAUAUCGUUUUAGUUUUAUGAAUAGAAAUCGUGCCAGUAUUUCAUCCGUCCAAAGGCCAGAAACAUACUCUGCACAGGUACGUAGAUGCCAAUGUAUUGCAGGCUUCCUAUUGUAUAUGUGUAAGUUGAUUUCUUGCAUUACUGUAGCAGUAACAAACCUGUAAAAGACUGUAUCUGUCUCCUAUUGAAAAAAUAUUACACAAAGUAAAAAAUUAGAUGCAACUAAUUGAAACAGAUGCAACUCAGUGUUAUUUUAGUAUUAUUUAUAUACAGUAUUAUUAAAAAUUUUUAUUAGGAUUUUAUAUUUGUUAAUUUUUUUUCAUGUUUUAUUUUUUUUAUUUAAAUUUUACAUUUUGUUUAAUUUUUAGUCAUUUUAGUUUUAGUCAUUUUUGUAAAUUAUUUAGGUAUAAUUUAUUUUUAUUUCCAUUUUUAAUUCCAUUAGUAAUUAGUGUUUUUAUUCCUGUUAGUUGCCAAAGAAACUUGUAAUUUUUCUUUAGUUUACGUUUUACAUCAAAUUUUUAUUUUAUUUUAUUUUAUUUUAUUAUUUUAGCUUUAUUUCAAUGAACAAAAUUUUUUUUAAAGGUUUUAGUUAACGAUAAUAACCCUGUUGCGACAACAAGAAAUAGUCACAAUUGUGUGAUAAAAUGCACCAUUACAAGAUAUUAAUUUGAAGUUAAGAGAAACAAAGUUGCAAUUGUGAGAUAUUAAGUUAGAAUGAUCAGAUAUUGUUUCAGUUACGAAAAAAAAAAGUCAAAAUUGUAAAAUAAAAAGGUACAAUUACAAGAAAUAAAGUCACAAUUCUAUUUAUAAUUUUGCAUUCUGAGGUGGAAACAGGCUUGCGUACAAACUACAGUAAUCGAGGGGGAAUAUUGUUUUAUUGUUUAAUAUUUGUACCAUUAAUUCAAUCACUGUUUUAUUCAUUUGGAAGUAACUAGGAAGUAAUGGGAGUAAAUACUGUAGGUGCAAUAGCACCCCUUGUGGCAACCUUGACAAUGCAACUCAUACUUGUUGAAUUCUAAAUCAACACAUUUCAGAAACUGUGAAAUCGAGUUAGCAUGCUGUAGCUAGAAGUGUUUGCGUUCACAUAUUUGCGUAGAGUAUAUUCCGGGCCAAACACCACCCAAAAAAUGUGCAUGUCUUUGCAAGAUUGUUUUGUGUUUUUUAUCUUGUCUCUGAAAUAAUGACGUACAUAUGGUUUAAUAAACUGUCUGGUUGCUGCUUUGGAAGAUUUUGUACCAUAAACAUUAAUCGUACGAAGCCUUAUAGUGACUUGUUCAUUAGUUGGCGUGGUUGACUGCUACUGUAUAUGUGGCAUUACAGGCUGUUUUAGCUGUCAGAGGAUCCAGUGACUUAUAAGAUGCAGAUACAUGUAUAACAUCAUGCAAUGUACAUUCGUUUGCCUUUACGAUCGCUAAAAGAUGUCAAAUCAUCGCUGAACGACACUUUCGAUUGCUGUAAGUGCUCUCCAGUCUUAAGUGCCUAACCCCGUAGAACUGGACUGUUGAUAUGAACGUUGUACUGUUACUGCAAUGCGCAAUUGAUUAUUUUUUUCAUUUUGCUGAUUAUAUUUAUCGCUGUGUAUGUAUUAUUAUAGUACUUUGUUGAUGUCAGUUCAAAAAUUGUACAGAAAAAUUCUAAAAGAUUGGCUGUAAAUAUAUGUUUAAAAAAAUUGCCAAAAUGAGAAAAUACAGAAGCUAGUGUAUCUCUCUGUAUAUCGCACUGGUUUAUUUUAUUAUCAUACGUAUUACUCCUCAGGUAUUGCUCUUGAGUACUGUUGUCUAAGUAGAUAAAUGAGUGGUUUGUGGAAAGAUCUUUCAUCUCAAGGUACUUUUCAGAUCCAACCUCUCUUAUGCUCUUGUGACGGUGGCAGCUGGUUUGUGAAAAGUGCAUUACGUCAGUCAGUUGUACCUUGUACUUAAGUGUCAAAUUCUCUUCAAGUCAUGUGUACUUGCUAGUGCAAUGCUGGACUCUGUAACUGCAUGUAAUAAAGUUAA